GAGAGAGGAAUGCUGCAGGAAAAAUCAGCACAGAUCUGGUGGAUCCACUGAACGAACAGGCGGCUCAAAUGCUGUGGAAGAUUCCUCAUACCCAUAAAACGCAUUCGAGACAAGCAGAUUGCCAGCUCCAGCUGCUCGGGAAGAAAGAUCUCCUAAUGGCCAGUUUGGUUUGAUCUUUUUUCUCUCUUGAUGGAAGAGGACUAGCUGGAAUGCGCUGCUGCUGCUGCUGAAGAUCUUCAUCUUUCAUUCGUGGCCGUUUCCUCUGAGCUCAGGAUCUCCACCAGUUUAUAUUGACAUCAUUUGCCUGCUUUAAGCAUCGCCCUGAGUCCUGCUUGUUAUUGGGUAUAGAAUAAAACUCCAUCAAGAUCCUGGUCAGAGAGAGAGAGAGAGAGAGAGAGAUGAAAGGGGAUUUGCUUGUUUACGCACGUUCAUGAUCGUAAACAAAACCAGAACAAUCAAAGUCCUUGCUUUUCCUGCUUGUUCCUUUUACGCUCCUAUACCGUAGUCUGCAUCCUGGGUUACUGGACAUCAGGACAAAAAAAAAAUCCUGGACAUUAAUAAAAAAUCAAAGCAGCAUCGAUUAAACUCAUGACAUGAUGAUGAUGAUGAUAACUCCAUGCCAACCAUUUCCUCUGGAUUAAAGUUUGACACUGUAAAGGUAGUGCCUGGUUUCACAUCAUCAUGGUUGUUUUCAACGGCUUGCUGAAGAUAAAAGUCUGCAAAGCUCUGGACCUGAAGCCCACACCAUGGUCAUUGCGGCACGCCGUGGGCCCCAAGACCCAGACCUUCUUGCUGGACACAUAUAUCGCCCUCAAUGUGGAUGAUUCACGUGUGGGCCAGACCUCCACCAGGCAGAAGACCAACAGUCCGGCAUGGAACGAUGAAUUUGUCACAGAGGUAUACGACGGAAAAAAGAUCGAGCUGUCAGUUUUCCACGACUCGCCGAUCGGCUACGACGACUUCGUGGCUAACUGCACCAUCCAGUUUGAAGAUUUGUUACAGAAUGGGAGUAGACACUUCGAAGACUGGAUUGACCUGGAGCCUGAGGGCAAAGUCUACGUCAUCAUUGACUUGUCAGGAUCCUCCAGUGAAGCUGCUGCGUCUGGGGAAAAUGAAGAACGAGUGUUCCGUGAGCGCAUGCGACCCCGUAAGCGUCAAGGGGCGGUACGCAGACGUGUCCAUCAGGUGAACGGACACAAGUUUAUGGCCACUUACCUGAGACAGCCCACCUAUUGCUCCCACUGUCGUGACUUCAUCUGGGGUGUAUUAGGAAAACAAGGAUACCAGUGUCAAGUUUGUACUUGUGUAGUCCAUAAAAGAUGCCACGAGCUCAUCAUCACAAAGUGUCCUGGGCUAAAGAAGCAGGAUGACACUCCAGAGGAGGUUGGCUCUCAGCGCUUCAGUGUAAACAUGCCUCACAAGUUCAGUAUUCACAAUUAUAAAGUACCGACCUUCUGCGACCACUGCGGCUCUUUACUUUGGGGGUUGAUGCGGCAAGGGCUGCAGUGUAAAGUUUGUAAAAUGAAUGUUCACCGGCGUUGUGAGACUAAUGUAGCGCCUAACUGUGGGGUGGAUGCAAGAGGGAUCGCUAAGGUUUUGUCCGAUCUCGGAGUGACACCAGACAAAAUCUCUAACAGCACCCAGCGCAGGAAAAAGUUAACCCCAGGGCAGGAAGCCCAGCCAGCCACCUCAGAGGCAACCUCAACAGAAGAAUCCGAUCGCUGCAAAUCAGCUCCGACAUCACCUUGUGAACAGGAGCUGGCAGAGCUCGAAAGCAUACGUAAGGCUUUGUCAUUCGGUCAAGAGCACAAGUCUUCCUCGUCCUCUACCUCCGUGGCCACUGGGCUCCAGGGCACAGUGAAUGAGGGUCAUGAGAAUGGAGACGUGAAGAAUGUUCAGUCGAAAAGGAUGAGCCUUGAUCACUUUUCCUUUAUCAAAGUCUUGGGAAAAGGCAGCUUUGGGAAGGUGAUGCUAGCUGAACUGAGAGGCACAGAUGAAGUGUAUGCUGUGAAAGUGUUGAAGAAAGACGUCAUCCUGCAGGACGAUGAUGUCGACUGCACUCUGACUGAGAAACGCAUCCUCGCUCUGGCCAGAAAACACCCCUACCUGACUCAACUUUUCUGCUGCUUCCAGACCAAGGAUCGGUUAUUCUUUGUUAUGGAAUAUGUGAACGGGGGAGACCUUAUGUUCCAGAUCCAGCGCUCACGGAAGUUUGAUGAGGCCCGUUCACGUUUUUAUGCUGCUGAAGUCACAUCUGCCCUCAUGUUCCUGCAUCAAAAUGGAGUCAUCUAUAGAGACCUGAAGCUCGAUAACAUUCUGUUGGAUGCUGAAGGUCACUGCAAGCUGGCGGACUUUGGCAUGUGUAAAGAGGGAAUCCUGAAUGGUGUCACCACUACCACCUUCUGUGGCACUCCAGACUACAUUGCCCCUGAGAUCCUUCAAGAGUUGGAGUAUGGUCCAUCAGUCGACUGGUGGGCUCUGGGCGUGCUGAUGUACGAGAUGAUGGCAGGUCAACCACCGUUUGAGGCUGAUAAUGAGGACGAUCUGUUCGAAUCUAUUCUCCAUGAUGAUGUCCUCUACCCUGUCUGGCUCAGCAAAGAAGCAGUCAGCAUCCUCAAAGCAUUUAUGACGAAGAGCCCGAAUAAGAGGCUGGGCUGCGUGGUGUCUCAGGGGCAGGAGGAGGCCAUUAAAGUUCAUCCCUUUUUCCGGGAGAUAGACUGGGUCCUGCUGGAGCAGAGGAAGAUCAAACCACCAUUUAAACCACGCAUUAAAACCAAGAGGGACGUGAACAACUUUGAUCAGGAUUUUACACGCGAGGACCCUGUCCUUACUCCUGUGGACGAUGCCAUUAUAAAGCAGAUCAACCAGGAGGAGUUCAAGGGCUUCUCCUAUUUUGGAGAAGAGGCGUUAUCUUAAAUGUCAGCU